AUGAAUAGAAGGAUCGUCUCUCUUCUCUUGCCACCAAACAACCUGCUGGCACCACCGCAACAGACUAAACAUAUCAUAGUGCGCCCCCUGGAUCAAGACCAAGAAGAGAGGAAUGACAUGUCAGUACGAACCGCCGGCGAGCGCAUCAGGAGACAGGCACACCGGAUGCACACGCUCUCGCUCACUCGGCCAUGGCAUUUGGAGCCAUGGGCCCGCUAAUGGAACAGGGUAGAGUGACAAAUGGCUCAUCAUCUUUCUGACUGUCGGUAUGGUAGUGCUCUGUUGAUGUCCACUUCUGCGUGCGGAAUGUGCCUGAUGCGGCUGUCAGCUCUUCUGCAUCCUCGGUCGUGGCACUUGGUUGGGGUGAACCAGAAAUCCAUCCAUACAACUCCGGGGACAAACGUUUCGUGUCCCCUGCGGUGGACUACAUACACACCGAUGGCAAGGCAGCGCUACGACUUACUGCUGCUGUUGCGCCAAUGGGGGACGCCGACCGCAAGAUUCCGGCCGUGAAACUGUUCGUCUCUCAGCUGAAUAACGCCCGCCAGCCCGUCGAAGCCGCUAGUCUGAACGGUCUGGAAGAGAGCAACCUCGUGGGGCUAGUCCUCAUGGGCGUUGAGUUUACUCGGGUGUGGGUUCAGGGCAUUGUGAUCGAGGUGAAUCCUGCCGAGCGCAGCUUCAUCGUUGACGAUAACACGGGCACAGUUGCAGCCGUUGUGCCCGGAGUCGGACUCGACGGCGGCUCCAACGAAGCAGGGCAUGGUUUUGGUGAUGCUGACGGCUUGCCCAAGAAAGGCCAGUACGUCCUAAUGGUUGGAGCGGUGGAGGCUCCGUGCGAUAAUAAUGGGCAAGGUUGGCGGGUGCAGCGAAGAAGAAGCUCGUGCAGGCGAUAUCGUGUGCUUUGUGACGUUGUCAAGGAUGUGGGCCCCGAAAGCCCGAACAGGGAUGCAUUGUGGGGUCUAGAGGUCAUAGAUUUUUGGAUGAGUCGACCGCGAAAUACUCAGGGCUAAUCGGACGAGCCAGGCCAGCUUGUAAGUAGAAUUCGACGGACCUUUGAGUACCUACGGUCAGGUCGUUCAUGAACGCAGUGUCUGUUUGUCUUUGUUGAGUUGUACUGUCCUCUUGUUGAGGAAUUUGAUGCGUUUGGGCCUAGGGUCUUCGUGCAAGCAUUUGUGUAUUUCACCGCGAUACUGCCGUGUUGCUGAGUACCUUGCUUCCUUCAGGGACCUCCAGCUUAUGCAGGGCGCGCGUACCUUAGCUGCUCACAGAGCAACGUUUGUGUCUCAUUCGCUAGCUAGCCUAGGUGACGCCAGCCCUACCCCUUCGACAACAGACACCAGGAGGGACAGGUUACGGGGGUAGCAGGCGGUAGAAGUCGUUGGGGCGGAAGGCUGUGUAUAUUUUGUCCCGUCCAUGGGACGGGCAGGCCGGGUAGCUUCUUAGGGUCGGUGGUAUUUACGAUGCGAGAGCGCUACAAUGUAGAUAUAUGUCCGUCGGCAAAUGCAUUUUCAUUUGCUUUCUCUUGUUUUUGCUGCCCAGGGCACGACUUGUUGUGGAAUGCAGCUGUCCCAACGGCCAACCAACGAGUAUUAUUGGGGUUUGAUUAGCAGUAGAGUGACAACGGCUGAUGAAGUGGGACUCGAUGAUAUUGGCCACAGGGAAGGAGGUGUUCUUGAGGGAGAGACGUGGGCAACGGAGGGAAAUGGUUUCGUAUAUGUAGGCCCUACAAGACAGCUGGUCCUGUAGAUACAUCGAAGGCCACAGCUACGUUCGAGGAGCGUUGGAGGAUGAAUAUGAUUCCACACGCACGUGAAGCUGUUCGACAAGUGUGCAGGGCGCAUUUGCACUUGAAGUGACUCUACGACAAAAGUUCAUGUUGGCGUCUCGAACGAGAUCUGCGUAGUCGGCGACAACUGA